AGAACAGAGCAAGCAGUGCAUAUAAUACACACGUAUGACAAGAUUUAUACUGUUUUGACAAUUACUCUUUUAACUUUCAAGUAGUAGAUCUGUAAUCUUCUAUCACCACUACGCCAUUCCGUUUUUCUCUCUCCUGUUUAGAGAGAGAAACCUGUCACUCCCUGCUCCUCUUACUCUACUAAGCAAACCCACUUCGCUAAAUGCUUCAAAACCCUACUGAUUUCUGACCCCAUUGUGUGUUUUUCUUGGGGAAAACGGAUUUUCUUGAAGACCCAUUAAGGUUUUUGAGGAUUUGGGUUCUUGGGUUUGUGUUUUCUUGAAGAAACAGAGGAGAAAAAUGGAUGCAUAUGAAGCAAGUAGUUUGGUUUAUGCGAAGAUCAAGAACUUGGAGCCUGAAAAUGCUUCGAAAAUCAUGGGGUUUCUUCUCAUUCAAGACCUUGGCGAUAAGGAGUUGAUUCGUUUGGCUUUUGGCCCUGAAACCCUUUUGCAUUCAUUGAUUUUGAAGGCCAAAGCUCAUUUAGGGUUUUCUUUGAACUCUUCUUCUUCUUCUUCUUCAACGCCCUCUUCGCCUUCGCCUCUUAAUCCCAUCGCUAGACCUUCCAACACUAACCCUUUCUCUCAAUCUAAAAACCCUUCUUCUUCUCCUUCCUCAACAAGUUCUUGGUCGUUUUCAGGAAUCACUAACAAUGUCAUUAGCCCUAAAUCCACUUCCCUUCUUUCUUAUGACUGUAUUCGAGCUCCCCCUUUUUCAAUGCCUCCAUUUUUGCAGCACAAAAAUGGGUUUGGAGAUUCUGAAGUCAGUGAAGAGCCGCAAGUUAACGAUUACCUUUCGUUUCUAAACGAGUCGUCUUCUUCAAGAGGUGAGCAGAAUUGGAGUCAAUCUAUGGAUAAUGCUGAGACCCCUUUUCAUAGAAGGAGCUACUCUGCUAGUGAUGUUUGUUUUGGCUCAGAAGAUGGUGGAUUUGGAGUUGGGUAUAAGCCUUGUCUUUACUUUGCUAGAGGGUUUUGUAAAAAUGGUAGCAAUUGCAAGUUCUUGCAUGGCGAUUUCCCUGACUUGGUUGAUCCUUCUGCUGCCAUUGUUGGGUCUCCUAGCAAACUAGAGGGCUUGUUUGAUCAACGUGAGGAGUUCAUGAGAUAUAAGGCUGCUCAACAACAGAGAUUAGCCACUGCUUCUGAGUUCAUGGCUGGAGUUUCACCUUCUCAGUAUAACAAAUACAUCAAUUUUCUACUUCAACAACAGAAUGAAACUCAUAGAGCUACAGCAGCAGCGCUCAUGAUGGGAGAUGAGUAUCAAAAGUUCGGCAUUUCCAGAAACGAAAGGAACGAUUUCUUGGCUUUGGCUGCUGAGAAGCGAAAUUCAGCGUCGAGACAGAUUUAUUUGACAUUCCCAGCUGAUAGCACCUUCAAGGAUGAAGAUGUUUCAGAGUAUUUCAGCAAAUUUGGACCUGUGCAAGAUGUUAGGAUUCCGUACCAACAGAAGAGGAUGUUCGGGUUCGUUACGUUUGUCUAUCCAGAAACAGUAAAACAUAUAUUGGCAAAGGGGAACCCACAUUUCAUAUGCGAAUCACGAGUUCUCGUGAAACCAUACAAAGAGAAGGGAAAAGUUCCAGAAAAGAGGCAGCAGCAUCAACAACCGCAACUCGAGAGGGGAGACUUUUCUCCUUGUUUGAGCCCCUCUGGACUGGACGCUCGGGAUCCUUACGACCUAAACCUCGGAGCAAGAAUGAUGUAUAACACUCAAGGGAUGAUGUUGCGUAGGAAAUUAGAAGAGCAAGCUGAGUUGCAGCAAGCACUCGAACUUCAGGGAAGAAGGCUAUUGAAUCUCCAGCUUCCCGACUUGAAGAACGAUCAGCUACACCACCAUCACCCACACAAUUUACCUAUCUGUUCACCAUUAUCCACCGAAUCGCAUAAUCAAAUGAAUCAGAAUAUUUAUCCUCCUGAUUUUAUAAACCAAGAAGCUUCUGAAGGUCAUGAGAAUAACCAAGUAACUACCAACAAUGCGAUGAGCACGCCGCAAAACUUUCAGCUGGAAGAGAAUCCUUGUUUUAUCCAAAGCAAAGCCACGGAUGACGGCUACAACUCCAAACUGCUCGAAAUCCACAAAAGUGUUGAGCAGGUCCUUCCUGAUAGCCCAUUUGCUUCUCCUAAAAAAUCUGCAUCGAGCCAACAUCCCGACUUUUCUUCUGUUAAAGCGGACGGGUUUGGUCCCAAUACAUUACCGUCAUCGUCUCAGAGCAAUGCAUCACUGGCUACCGGUCUUGCUGGUGACAUAGCUGCCCCUUAAUUAACCUUUUACCCCACAGCUGAAUGGCAAGGUCCUGUUAUCCUCUUCCUUGUGGUACCUCACUUUCCAUCAUGCUAAUUUUAGAAGUCAGUUAUUCAAAGUAAGAUACAUUACUUUCCUUAGGUUUCUAUUCCUUGUGUGAAUCUUUUAAAAUAUAGGCAAUAACUACAAGAGCAUGGCCAGCAAAUAUCAACAAUGUUAGGAAAAAAAAUUAGAAAAGCUUAUAGCAGGCAGAAGAAUCAUCCCCCGGAUGUAUAGCGAAAUUAUACCUACUUCGAAGAGUAGAUCUAUUACUACUAUAGAGAGAAGAUCUCCACAAGUAUCAUCUUCAUCAAUUUUACAUACUCCUAACAGCAAAUACAUAUAUAAAUUCAUACAUUUAGGACAGAUGAUUUGGUUUAUGAGAGUUGAGUUAGGGUCUUCUGUGUUUAUUAUUAUUAUUAUGUUGUGCUGGACCAUGCUGACUAAAGAACUACGGUCGUCGGGUCGGGUUAACUCCGUUUUACAUUUUGCAUCUACACAUAAGUUCUUCUGUUUGUUCCUUGCAUUAUUCAUAGUUAGGUAGAGUUUGAAGUUUCUGUGAAAGCUCACAAGAGCCUGUUGUGUAUAUAGUAGUAGGGUUCUUAGUGGAUAUAAGAAGACUUGAGAAAUUUGUUG